AUGUCUCACUUUGCGACCCCUUUUAUUGUUGUUAAUUUAGGAUGUGAAAUGGUGUAUGUGAUCGAUCAAAGACUAAAGGCACAAAAUAUAGGGCCUGAUAAGUCCGAAAGAGUACUCACCGAUGUAUUAACCGUGUUACUACAUCCGAAACUCCUAGACGAGUUAUUUAUACCACAGCCGGUGGCAACGCACGUCGUUAUAAGGCAGCUCCUUCAAGACGUAUCAGCUACAUCCAUCAUGAAACUUGAUGAUUAUUCCAUGAAAAAGCUGUGGGAUCUAAUGACAAUGAUUGUAAAGUGGCAGCUUUCAGUAGCAACAAAUCAAAAUAUUUUUGACAUAACAAUGCGACAUUUAAAAAAUGUGGCCACACUAAUGCCACAAUAUUUCCCAAAAUGCAUUAUUGACCAAGCAAUGAAAAGAUUUCAAUCUUUAGCGCAACGAUUCACGGACGAUGAUUAUAAAUGUAUAGUGAAUACAUUAAUUUUGUGGUUUUCAGAAUAUCACACCAAAAUUUCGGUAUUGCUAAGAUUAGGUCUACAACGAAAAGACGGCACGUUCAAUUUGCCUUCUACUAUUAAUCCUAAAAUAUUACAAAAUUUGGGCGAAAACAUAUACAUAUAUGACAUAAAGAAGAAUCCAAUUGACGAAUAUGAAAGUAGAUGCACAGAUACAAAUGAAAUUAGUUGUCUUUUAGCUUCCAUGGAAAACGCUAAGCAUAAACAAAAUAUAGUAAAAAUCCAAUUACCUGUGGAAUUUGGUGGCAGGCAAUCUAGACAGCGUACUCUAGAAAUAUCUCGUGACACACAAUUUGAAUCGAUAGUGACUAGCAGAAAAGUAAUGACAACUGACCUCACUUUUAAUCCUAAUCUACCAAGCACACCACAAGAGGACCUUUUACAAAUGUUAGAAGAAUAAUACAAUAACAGACAAAGUCAAAUUUGCUAAUAUCUUCAUUACCCGCAAAUGUCAGACAGAAGAAUUGUGUAAAUUAAAAAACUUGAAUUAUAAAAAAAUACUUUAUUACAACUUGAAUUUCCUAUAAAUGUAUAGGAUAACAAACACAAAUUUUUAGAUACAAUUUAAUAUCAUAACUAUAAUCAGACUUUUAACUCGACAUUCUCGAGAUUUUAUUUGGUAAAAAUGUGUGUUUGUACAUUAUAACACAAAAACUACGAAAUUUGAUAAGUACCUACAUAUACUAAUGAAUGAAAAACAAUGGAUGCGCAAGAAUGAAUACUAACUAAGCUUGUGUUAAUACCAUACACAUUAAAUUUGGUACAGUCAAAUCAAUUAUAUAUUGGCAGUAAUUACUAAAUUGUCAUUUAAAGUUAUCAAUUAACAGCCGCUGACUGUACCCAUUUUAUACCAACUACCAAUACACAAUCUGUAUUGUAGGUAUUCAAUUAACAUAUUGUACACUGUAUAUUACCUAAAUUGAUAAAAACAAAAAUUGGAAUAAAUGCUUGAUUUCUGCUGAUUUUUUAGUUUUCUUAGUUACAAAAAUUAUUGUUAAGAUUCCAUUUCAAUUAUCACAAAAAAAAAUACAUUAAUAGUUGGUAUACCUUUAAAUAUUUAUGAAAAACCAUUGUAACCUUUGGCCGGGUGCAACAAUAUACAUAAUGUUAUGAUCUGGCACAAAGUAGGCUUACAAUUAAAGAAAACAAAAUUCCAUUUCAAAUUAAGAGAAUCUGUAAAAUCACAUUAUUCUAAAUAUACGAAUUUAUUCCUAGUUUGUAUUCGAACAUGCCUACAUAAUACACACAUGGCUUCUGGCAUUUUUGUCUACUAAUAAGAAAUUAAUCAAUCUCAGAAACGAUACAAAUUAGCAACAAAUUCCACAAUAAAAUUCAACCCGUGCCCAGGACAUUUGUAAGCUUCAAAAUAACACAUAUUAUGUAC